UGGUGCGAACUUUACUUCAAGUGGACAUACUUCAUUUGAAAAAGUAGCGUUUUUCUUUAAAAUUUUUAACCUUAUAUCCACGUAAUUACGUGGAUUUGGUGCGAAUAGACACAGCGUUUGCCAAAGAAAAUGUCGCACAGCAGGUUAUUUCAACGCAACCGAGCCUUGGGCUACGUGAGCAACCACGUACCCGUGGUAACUCGCUACAUCCAACGUCGCAAAGAAAAUCUCAUCGUCACCUGCACCGGGCGCAGCUUUCACACCUAUGGCUACUCGCAUUUAACUUUGCUGAGCGUCUCACCUGCCCACGAAGAUGACAUUACUUGUCUUGCAGCUGAUACUUUUCACAUUUAUACUGCUAGCGGUAACAACAUUUAUGCCUGGAGACGAGGUAACGAACUUAAGCACACGUACAAGGGACACUCGUGCCAAGUGCAUUUAAUGCUGCCCUUUGGGCCUCAUCUGAUAUCCGUGGAUGAGGAGGGCCACUUGAAGAUUUGGGAUGUCAAGACAGAGGAGGUUGCAGCUGAAACUCGUUUCAGCAACUCAACCUUUAUGAUCAGUGCCCUGAUGCAUCCUGUUACUUACAUCAAUAAGAUACUUUUGGGUAGCGAGCAAGGAACAAUGCAGCUGUGGAACAUCAAAAUGAUGAAGAUGAUUUACACCUUUGACGGCUGGAGGUGUAAGAUUAAUAUCAUUGAGCAGGCGCCUGCUCCUGACGUUGUCGCUGUUGGUCUUAUCGAUGGUAGGAUUAUACUGCACAAUUUGAAAGUGAAUGAAUCGGUUUUUGAACUUGUUCAAGACUGGGGUCUUGUCACAGCCAUAUCGUUCAGGACUGAUGGUGACAAUCAUAUAAUGGCAACUGGCACCACUCAGGGUCACAUUGUGUUGUGGAAUCUUGAUAAACGCAGGAUAGAAAGUCAAAUAUUGAAUGCGCACUAUGGGUCUGUGACAGGAAUAAAGUGUUUGCCACAAGAACCACUGCUGGUUUCUUCGUCACCGGAUAAUACGCUCAAAGUGUGGAUAUUUGAUUUGGCUGAUGGGGCCGGAAGGUUAUUGAAAGUAAGAGAAGGUCACGCUGAGCCCCCGACCACUAUAAGAUUUUAUGGAGACGAUGGACACAAUAUUUUAUCCAUUAGUGGAGACUCCUCUCUGAGAAUAUUUUCAACCCAGACGGAAACUUUCAACAAAAGCUUGGGGAGAGCUUCUUACAACAGAAAAGCCUCAAAGAAAAAAGGCAGAAUAGUAGAGGAUCCUUUAAUAAUGCCACCUAUGACGGAGAUUUUUGCAGAAAGAACCAGAGAUAAAGAGUGGGAUAACAUUGCAGCCACUCAUCAUGGUCUUGGUGUCGUUACCACGUGGUCGUACGACAAAUUGAAAAUGGGUAAACACAAGCUGUUACCGGAAAAAUUCAAAUUCAAUAUGAACAUCACAGCUACCACUGUUACCAUUACUCAGUGUGGCAAUUUCGUAAUUAUUGGUUACAAUAAUGGUCACGUGGAAAGAUUUAAUAUUCAGUCAGGCCUGCAUAGAUCAUCUUAUGGUAAUGAAAAAGGAGCUCAUGACGGGUCUGUGAAAGGAGUAACUGCCGAUGCCUUGAAUACAGUUGUUAUAUCAGCUGGAAGGGAUGCAACUGUAAAGUUCUGGACUUUCAAACCAUUGAGAGCUAUAGAUAAGGAGCCAAAAACGGUGAUCAAAGUAGAAGAAUCAGUUGAGUGGUUACGCUCUCACAAAGAAAAUUCUUUGAUGGCUGUAGCUCUUCAAAAUUUCAGUAUUGUUUUGAUAGAUAUUGACACAAGAAAAAUAGUAAGGAAAUUUGAAGGCCACACAGGUCGACUUACAGAUGCAUCUUUCAGCCCUGACUCACGGUGGCUCGUCAGUGCCUCCAUGGACAGGUCAAUCAGAGUUUGGGAUAUACCAUCUUCACAAUUGAUAGAUAUUUUUCAGGUACCAGACGCAUGUACAUCACUUACUUUUUCACCCACUGGUGAAUUUCUGGCAUCUACUCACGUUUGCAAUCUUGGAAUUUAUCUUUGGUCAAAUCGUACGCUCUACUCACAUGUUUCUUUGAAAGCUGUUAAAGACACUGACCAAAUACCUCUUAUUUCGUUACCCAAUUCAUCUAAAGACAAAUCGCAAAAUGCGAAUGAAGAGGAAUCUAUAGUCAUUGAUGACGAUGAAGUAAAAGACGUAGACAGCGAAGAUUAUGUAUCACCUGAUCAGCUAAACUCAAAACUCAUUACCAUGUCGGCGUUAGCCACGUCCAGAUGGUUGAAUCUCCUUAACAUUGACAUCGUGAAAAGGCGCAACAAGCCAAGAGAACCACUGAAAACCCCGGCUGCCGCUCCUUUUUUUCUUCCAACUAUUUCAGGUUUGCAACCUCAGUUUGAUUUUUCAGACGUACAAACUGAAAAUGCAAACAGCAAAUUGGUUCGUCAUCCCGAGUUCAAGAUAACGACACCUUUUGGAAAACUGCUGGAAAAGAGCAUAGAGUCUGAUGAGUUUUCAGAUUUGGUAGAAAAAUUAAAGAGUAUGGGCCCAAGUGAUAUAGACAAGGUAGUUCAAGAGUUAGCUUUCGACAUGAUGAGCAUGGUGCCAUUUAUGCUACAAUUCAUGAAAAUGUUAAAGUUCAUGCUUAAAAGCAAAAAAGACUUUGAACUUGCGCAAGCUUAUUUGUCAUUAUUUUUGAAGUAUCACGGAACUGUGAUUGCUAGUGAGAAGGAAUUGGCGGACUUUUUAGGUGAGUUCCAAAAGAGUCAGCUUAAAAGUUGGAAAGUCUUAAGGGAGAAAAUCUUUUACAAUCUUAGUGUUGUACAGCACUUGAAAAGGACGUAAAUGACUAUUGUGAUGCUACUGUGUGCGUGAUUAGUUUAAAGGUGUAAUAUUAAUUUUAAAUUGUAAAUAAACUAAUUAAAGAUUUUAGU